CAUUUUCAUUUCUUUCCAUCUCAAAAUCAAAUCCAAAACAAAACCCACUUCUCAAAUUUCUCUCUUUUGAUUUUAUUAAAUUAAACAAACCCAAAACGGAGUAAGAAGAAUGCCUUCUUCACUGUCAGCCUCAAUUCUGUUGGGUUGCUUCCUUCCUUCUCAAUCUCCAAAGGUCUCCCGUGGAGAAGAAAAUUCAAACCAAAAAAUCAAACCAAAGAAGCCAAAAUCUGAAUCAUCAAAGUCCUCUAAAGCUCCAAUAAUCGUCUCUUAUUUCCCUGUUUCUUCAAAUUUCUCUCGCUUGUGAUUUUCCAUUAUCAACUCUGUUCUGAAAUGGAUUAUUCUGCUGAAUCAGAGGCUGAAGAAGAUGAAGUUUUUCCUUGUGUUGAUGAUUUGGGUCUUUGAUUUUGUGGUAUUCAUCGAGUUUAGUAAAUAGGUGUUUGUAGAACAAGUGUUUGUUCUAGCUCUAUUUUGACCUAAUUAAUUUUCAACUUUUUUUUGUGGGUGGGAGAGGUGAGGUGUAUACUUUGUUGAUUGAUUUGUUUAUUUAUUGCAAAUUUUAUUAUAUACUAGUUCUAGAA